GCAUCCUGAUAACAGAUCCAUAACAUCCACCUCAGCUCACCACCUGCUACUCAGCCAUCCCACGUCUUCCCGUCGACUGUGGUCCGUCAAUUGCCUUCACCUCAAUAUCUAUUAAGUCCUGCCUACUUUCUCUACAUGAUGUCCUCCAACCCGUCCCGCAGCUCCAAAUCCUCUUCAACCAACGCCCUCAAACGCCUGACCCACGAACUCUCCGACCUGCAAUCCUCACCCUGCGAAUCAGUCCUCCACCUUGGCCCGGCGACUGACGAAGACCUUUUCCAAUGGGAAGCCGUGCUCAAAGGCCCCAAAGACCACACAUCCCCUUACCACGCCGGAUUAUGGCUUCUCUCGAUCUCAAUUCCACCUACCUACCCCCUCGCACCUCCCAAGAUACGCUUCGUCACGCCGAUAUGCCAUCCCAACGUACACUUCCAGAGUGGAGAGAUCUGUCUGACACUGCUGUCCGGCGAACACUGGGCGCCCACGUACACGCUUAGCACGACGAUGGGCGCGAUUCAGCAGCUCCUAAGUUCUCCCGGUCUAGAUAGCCCGCUAAACGUGGACAUUGCCAACCUAUAUAGAGAGGACGACACGGUUGGCGCGGAGAGCCUAGUCAGGUUCUGGACUGGGGAGAAGAGGUGGGCAGGUGAAGGCAAAGCCGGGUGGAUAACGGAACGGCGGCCAGGCACGGGAGGGCAUCUCGGACUGUAACGAAGAUGUGCAGGCGACUUCAGGGCUGCGAAUGUGACUUCGAGUCUGACUUGAUUGUGUUUGCCUUAUCUGGUCCUGGGCUGGGAUACCCUGUUUUCCUCUACAUUGCGAAGCGAAGCGACGAGUUUUAUGUGGUCUGGUUUGGCGUUUAUCACUGAAGCUUCUUGCAUUUUAUUCUACUACCUCUACUACUUCUCCCCUUCGAACUUGGUCCUGCUACCUCUCUAGCGCAAGGCCGAAGCAAUACUGUGACUACUAGACGAAGCCUGUGGUUGACUUGAAAGGAACAGGUUUGAAGACGGCGGAGUCGAGAACGGUUGAAACUAAGCGGCAGCCAACGCCUUUCCCCUAUCAACGAUCCUCGUCCAUUGGAGAAGCAGCAGCGGGCAGAUUCAUGUACCUUUCGAGACUACGCCCCGUCAGCGAAAGAGAUCGUCAUCAAUCGGCCUCCGCCAAUCUGUCAACAGACUGGGAACCUCUUGCAUCGUUACUAUAUCUGUGGGAUAUCGACCUCGUAAAAGGUUCUUGGGCCCGGAAGGUAUCACUAGGAUUAUUUUGUCCACUGUAGAAGGCGCUAUUCGCG